UGAGCGGAAGUUUCUGUUGAAAGCACGGAAGACAACCGGAAGUGACGCAACAUCUUGUCGUGCUUGAAACAUGCUUGAAUGGAGGUGACCUUAGUUUUUGUAGGUUCGUAAGGAAACUCGGUGACGCUACACUCACCUGUGUUGUUAAUGAACUUUUAGAGUCUCGAAAGACCUUUAGAGUUUUGCAAGUUCACGAACGAGAGAAGAUGGCAGAGGCUCAUCAGACGCGCGUGCAGAAUGUGGUGGAAGAAAUGGUUCAGAGUCUGGAGAGGGAGCACAUCCGCAAGAUGCAGGGACGCAUGUUCCAGUGCAGCGCAGACUGCUGUGCUCGCCCCUCAGAUUCCAUGUCUCAGGUGCAUCAGUGCAUCGAACGGUGUCACACUCCUCUGGCACAAGCUCAGAGUCUGGUAACCUCCGAGCUGGAGAAGUUUCAGGAUCGUCUCUCUAGAUGCACCAUGCACUGCAAUGACAAAGCCAAAGAUCUUUUCGACUCCGGUGCAAAGGAGCCAGCUGUCCGGUCUCUGAUGGACCGCUGUGUGGGCAGCUGCGUGGAUGACCAUAUUAACUUGAUACCCAGCAUCACCAGGAGACUCAAGGAAAAUUUGGACUCUAUACCACAGUGAGGAGCAGGAUAAUAGCUGUAGGUAGUUCUAAUAGAUAUCUGGGUUCUGUUGAUGAGAAUACUGCAGCAAAUAGCUUAUUGUAGGAGGAAUUCAGAGGAGACUGUGAGAUUUAGUUAGAAUUUAAUCCAUUUGGUUUGUAGUUAAGGAUCCUUUGAAGAAUCUUACUGCCAUUAAGAGUAAUUAAAAUCAUUUCACAAAGAUGAUCAUGAUCUUUCAAAAACAUACAAUAAACUACUUUUUUUAAAAUAA